UUUCAACAGAUUAGUUUUAAAAAAACAAUGAAAGCCCUAAUAACGUGGUGUCUGUUGGUGAAUUUGGGUGUUCAUAGUAUACCCAUGAAGAAAUGGCAUAACAGCAGUGAUGGAUGUCCUUUUUACAUGGAGUACGAGCAAAAGUUCAAUUGGUUUCAAGCCUGGGAGGAAUGUCUCAAUUUGAACAUGUCCCUCUUGACGCCGGACACCUUUUACAAACAGCAGCAGGUCAAUGGCAUACUAGAGCUCUCAUUUGACAAAAACUUUUCUUAUUGGUUAGCUGGUCAUGAUAAUGCUGUAGAGAAACGUCACGUUUGGGCCACCACUGGCAAAGCUUUUGGUUUUACCAAUUGGGCUAAAGCCCAACCCAAUUGGAGUACUAACGAUCAUUGCAUUCUGGUACAUGAGAGCACCAAUCAAUGGCAUGAUUUUCCUUGCGCUACAAAAUUGGGAUUCGUAUGUGAGAUAAGGCAGUGUUCCAUGGAAAAGCCAGAGGUACUAGAUGCUAAUCAUUGGAUGAAUCAGAAGAAGUAUACUAUCAAUGUAUGGAAUGUGUUUGCAAAUCGCAAUCCAGAACAGUAAUCGCAAAGAAAUGUAAAAUAAAUAUUUGAAAUUAUUUACCAAAGAAAUUUUGGAAAAAAGCCAAAAAAAACUCGA